UCCCUCCCCCACUCGUCCAUCAUCCCGGAAUUGGAGCAAGCAGCAACAAUAUGACAAAAUCAGAAAAAAGGCCAAACUUCCUUGUAAUUGUGGCCGACGACCUUGGCUUCAGCGAUUGCAGCUGUUUUGGCAGCGAGAUCCAGACUCCCAACGUCGACCGUCUGGCCAGCAAGGGGUUACGAUUCACGGAUUUUCACGUCGCUGGAGCAUGCUCACCCACUCGUUCUAUGCUCAUGACUGGCGCCGACCAUCACAUCGCUGGGCUCGGUCAACUCUCCGAGUACACUAGGAAUUCCCCAGCUCACCAGGGGAAGCCUGGGCACGAGGGGUAUCUAAAUGACAAAGUUGUCACCCUACCACAGCUUCUGAAGGAUGGCGGGUACUUUACUGUUAUGAGUGGGAAGUGGCAUUUAGGACUAAAGCCGGAAUAUUCGCCACAUGCUAGAGGGUUUGAGAAGAGUUAUGCCCUGUUACCCGGUUGUGCUAACCAUUAUGGGUUUGAGCCCCGAUACAAUGAUGAUUUACCAGGGUUCUUUGAGACCGCUGUGACGGCUCUGCAUAUGGAGAACUCCACCUACGUCCCUCAGAACCCUCCAGAACCCAAUUUUUAUUCUUCAGACUUCUACGCAUCCAAGCUAGUAAACUACCUAGAAGCACGAACUCCCGAUGAAAAAUCCAGGCCAUUCUUUGCAUACUUACCAUUCUCCGCCCCCCAUUGGCCUUUACAAGCCCCUGAAGUUUCAGUCAAGAAGUACGAGGGGCUCUACAAAGACGGACCCGAUGCCCUUCGCCUCCAUCGUUUAGAAAGUCUCAAGACGUUAGGUCUUGUAUCGCCUGGCAUCCAUCCACACCCUGUUGUGGCGCCAGAAUCCGCAGAUUGGAACUCAAUGACCCCAGAUGCCCGCGCCAAAUCUGCCCGUAGCAUGGAGGUCUACGCCGGCAUGGUCGAUCGCAUGGACGAAAACAUUGGGCGGGUCCUCUCAUUCCUGGAAGCCUCGGGCGAAGCAGAGGACACUUAUGUCCUCUUCAUGUCCGAUAACGGUGCCGAAGGUGCAAGCAUCGAAGCGCAUCCGAUAAUGGGGGACGAGGUCAUAUCUCAUCUGGAGAAAUACUACGAUAACAGCCUCGAUAAUAUUGGGCGGUAUAACUCUUUCGUCUGGUAUGGUACACGGUGGGCACAGGCUGCUACUGCCCCAUGCAGGCUUUAUAAGAUGUUUAGUACAGAGGGGGGCGUCAGGGUUCCACUUGUUUUGAAGUCGCCAGGGGCGAGUAAGGAAGUGGGGGAGAUAAGUCAUGAGUUUUGCACAGUGAUGGAUUUGGUGCCUACGAUUCUCGACCUGGCCGGUGUCGGACAUCCUGGAACAUCUUACAACGGCAAGCCAAUCGCCCCGCUUCGAGGGAAAAGCAUGGUAGCGUACCUCUCCUCCCGUGAACGGAUACACUCUCGGGACGAUGUAUCCGGGUGGGAAAUUGCCGGCAGCGGUGCGAUCAGAAAGGGAAAGUACAAGAUCACCUAUGUGCCUGCACCCAAGGGGCCUCAAUGCUGGGAGUUGUUUGACCUGCGGAGCGAUCCUGGCGAGACGAAGGAUCUGAGUCAAGGAUUGCCGGAGGUGAUGGAGGAGAUGUUAGAGUGUUGGGAAAAGUACAAGAAGGAGGUUGGCGUUGUUGGGCUUGCUGGGGAGUUGGGCGAUGUUCCACUUACGGUCGAUGAGUUUGAGGACACGGGCAAGUGGACGAGGUUCUUGGCGAAGGGUGGCUCCUUCGCUUCUUAA